AUGUUAAAUAUCAAAAACUAUGGCAGUAGUUCCGAAGACGAAGGGGAUGAUGAGCCUCAAAAAGAACACAGUAAUGAAACUUUGUUGACGCAUUUAAAACCUGUUGAUCCCGAACUCUCCGUUGCUAAAACAAUGCAAAUAUGCGCGGCGCCUGUAGUGGUACCAACGAAUAAUGAGGACUCCAGAGUAUUAGUGCAUAAUAAUAAAGAAUUAACACAUAAUCCUAAAUAUGAGGAACUGUUUGCACCAACAUAUGGACCUGAGAAUCCUUUUCAAACACAACAAAUGAGAGCUACUAGGAACAUGUUGUCGGGUUAUGUUGAAAAGGCUCAUCUUAGUGAAUUCCAGUUUGAGAAUCAAAGGAGAACCUUUACAAGUUAUGGAUAUGCUGUGGAUCCAUCUACAGAACCAAUAGUUAACGAGAAGGGAGAAUCUAUUGUUGUCUCAGCCAUGGUUGCCGCUCCUGAGGAAUCUGAGGGCAAAACGGUAUUUGAAAAUAUUAAGAAAAGGCCUUUAGAUAAGAAAAAAAGAGUUAGAAAUGACAACCCUGAGGAUAUAACAGGAUUCCUUGGACCAUGGGGUGGAUAUGAAGGGGAAAAGAGAAUAUUAAAACCAGAAGGAGAAGAAGCAAAGGAAAUCGAAGAAAUUCUAGCAAAAAGACAGAAGAAAGGCAAGGUUGUUGAUGAUCAACCUUUGGAGGAGAAAUCUAUAUUCCAUAUUGACAAAGGCACGGAUUACAUGGGUCGUUCAUGGAUCGAGGCCCCGAGAAGUGAAACUCAAUUACGUAGUGAUACACCACCAGAUAAAUGUUUCUUACCAAAAGCUCAUAUAUUUACGUGGAAGGGUCACUCCAAAGGUGUGUCCGCAGUUCGUUGGUUUCCUCGAACGGCUCAUCUCAUGUUAUCAGCUGCUAUGGAUUGUAGGGUUAAGAUCUGGGAGGUGUAUGGUGAUCGUCGUUGUAUAAGAACGUACUUUGGACACAGACAGGCAGUUAGAGAUGUUAACUUUAAUAACACUGGCACACAUUUCUUAUCUGCUGCAUAUGAUCGCUACAUCAAGUUAUGGGACACGGAAACCGGUGAGUGUGUGUCUCGAUUCACCUCGAGGAAGGUUCCAUACUGUGUGAAGUUCAACCCCGAUGAAGAUAAACAACACUUGAUAGUUGCCGGGACCUCUGAUAAGAAAAUUAUAUGUUGGGACACUCGCAGCGGUGAAAUAGUUCAAGAAUAUGACCGUCAUCUUGGCGCGGUCAAUACAAUCACCUUCGUGGAUGACAACAGACGUUUCGUCACCACUUCAGAUGACAAGAGUCUGAGAGUUUGGGAAUGGGACAUCCCAGUUGACAUGAAGUAUAUAGCGGAUCCAUCAAUGCAUUCCUUACCAGCGGUUACUGCGGCGCCGAAUGGAAAAUGGCUGGCUUGUCAAUCAAUGGACAAUAAAGUAGUUGUUUUCUCAGCGUUGAACAGAUUCAAGAUGAAUAGGAAGAAGACUUUCACUGGGCAUAUGGUUGCUGGAUACGCCUGUAGUGUGGACUUCUCACCAGAUAUGAGCUAUCUGGUUUCGGGAGACGCGGAUGGUAAAGCGUAUAUCUGGGAUUGGAAAACAACGAAGCUUUAUAAGAAGUGGAAAGCUCAUGACGGUGUUUGUAUUUCGUCUCUAUGGCAUCCUCACGAACCGAGCCGCCUUCUCACCGCUGGUUGGGACGGACUCAUCAAAUACUGGGAUUAA